UGGUGCAUGAUGGCAGCAUUAGUAUCUCAGAAAUGUUUGCCUCAUUUCUGGAUUGUGGGAGGACAUUGAUAUGCGUUGUCCAUCUUUAUUUAGACUCAAUGGUCUGCCAUCACGUCCCUCGAUCUCCCACGAUGCGCCUUUGUCUGCUGCCACCACUACAUUUUGGAUGGUGAGACCAGACGGAGCACAUGUGCUAGCAUGCUACAAUUUACACCCUGGAUGAACAGAGAUAAUCCCAGAGAGCCGCGCGCUGUGCAGAAUCCUGCGGCCAUAAUGUGAGAUGAUCCGCCGCUGUCGUCCGAGCCCGUCGCUGCCUGCUCGUCCUGUCAGGAGCAGCGGCUGCGCUGCCGAGGAUUACACCGGUGAUAAUACGCAGCUAAGACUUCUCUCCUCCUCCUCUUCCUCCUCUUCCUCCUCUCCCAGCUGUCAAGCCGAAAACUAUGAAUUAGACUGACGCGUGUCUCCCUUCUGACAUCCACUGACUUUUUUUUAUUUUUUUUGGUUGCUCUGCGUGUUUUUUCCUCCUUGUUCUUCUCUGGAAUACCGCUGCCCAGCAACACACCCACCUGACAACUCUGAAUGUCGUUAUCAAAGAUGUCCAGGGAGGAGAAAAACAAACACUGGAACAUGAUCUGAAGAAGACGCCUGAUCGUCCUAACUGCUUCAGUCAAACGUGGUGAAUCAAUGAGCCAGCAAUGGAGACCAAAAGAUACCAAAGUUUCUUUGAUGGAAGCGAUACAGAGAACAGAUGGUCUCAGGUCCCCGGCACCAUGGAGUACUGCUGCAGCACAGAAGAUUUGAGUCUGACGAGCACCGAUAUUCUGAUGGACAUAGUCAAUGUCAGCUGCCCGGCUGGAAGUGCAGCCACCGACAGCAAAGACAUCAACACAAAGAAGCAGGAGCAGCCAAUGCUUCGGCUUGGCCAGAACCAGCCAUUUGUUGUCCCACACUUCAACAACUCUCUCCACGGUCAUAAGCAGGAAAUGGACUCCAAGGAGCUUUCCAAGACUGUGGCUGAGUCCAUGGGUCUGUAUAUGAAUGCUGCCAGGGAGGCAGACUUUGCUUUCAGUCAGCAUGGGGGCAGUACCAGCCCUGGGAAGAUGUACCCCGUGUGUGGACGGUCUCUAGAUGAGACCCAGAGUGGUACCACUAAGAGCCCCAAGAUAAAGCCAUUUGGUUUUCAGCAGUCCAACGCCACUCCCAGAGAGUGCACCACUGGGACUCCUGUUAGCUCAGCAUCUAUGCUGGUCUCAUCUCUGUCCUGCAGCCCCCAGACCCCCGGCUCCAUCUCCAGCCCCGGGGGCAGCAACAACAUGGUGUCAUCAACCACCAGUCCUCCUACAUGCUUUGGAGCAGGGUGUUCAUCCGUCAGUAGUCCUGUUAGCCAGACUUCUUGUGCUGCAACUCUGGCCAACAUCAAGCGUAGGAAUUCAGCCACAUGUAGCCCUGUAGAGUCCACCACUGUGGGCUCACCACCACUAACCAGCCCACUUAAUGUCAUGAGGUCUCCGAUGUCCAGCCCCCAGAGUAUGAGCAGUGUGAGAUCGCCUCCGUCCUGCAGCACUACGUGUAACAUUAGGUCGUCCGUCUCGAGCCCCACAGGUGGCAGCUGCACCAGCACUGCACACAACUGCAACACAGCACGGCCUUCCAUCUCCAGUCCAGCCACAGGAAGCACUAUGGCUGUCAGCAGCCCACAGAACCCGUCCUCUGGUGGGUUUCCCGUGUCCAGUCCUGCAGGUGGACUGGGUUUGGUACAGAACGACACCAACAGCCCAGAAGAAACAGCUCUGACCAGAGACACAGACUUCAAGAACUUUGAGUUCCCCAAAGUAGAGAUGGUUGACGGGGAGGUGUUCAACGUCGGCUUAGACCAGAUGGGCAUGGUUAAGUACAUUAAGAAUGAGCCAGGAACUGACUUCAGGAGCAUGUGCUUAGGUAGCUCUAAAUGUAAUGUGAGUAGCACACCCUUUAUUACGCAGAUUAAGAAUGAGCCAAACAAAAAUGAGGGAUGUAUGAAUCCACAGCCCUAUGGCGAGCAGUCACCUUCUCUUGGACUCUUCUCUGCGUCUGAGACCACCUAUUUGUCCCUGAGGAAUAACAUCGAUGAAUACAGUCUUUCUGGUAUCUUAGGACCCCCUGUCUCUAUGAAUGGGAACUAUGAGCCUGAUGUGUUCUCCAACAAUGUCCUGUCUAAAGGGGUUAAGCAGGAGCCUACUGAUGGCAGCUAUUACCAAGAGAAUAACAGCAUGCCCACAUCGGCCAUUGUUGGAGUUAAUUCCGGUGGACACUCAUUCCAUUACCAGAUUGGAGCCCAAGGAACAAUGUCUUUCACGCGGCAUGAUGUGAGGGACCAGUCCAACCCUUUGUUGAACCUAAUUUCACCCGUAACGGCGUUAAUGGAAUCGUGGAAAUCUCGACCAGGCAUGUCAGCCCGAGGUGAAGGAUACCCAGGUCAAAACUGCAUCACAGACAACAUGUCAAGUUCGCCGCUGAGACAGCCGUCGUCCACAGUCAAAGUGUGCCUGGUUUGCGGGGACGAGGCGUCGGGAUGCCACUACGGCGUCGUCACGUGCGGAAGCUGCAAAGUCUUCUUCAAAAGAGCUGUGGAAGGUCAGCACAACUACCUGUGCGCCGGGAGGAACGACUGCAUCAUCGACAAGAUCCGGAGGAAAAACUGCCCGGCGUGCCGCGUACGGAAGUGUCUCCAGGCCGGGAUGAACCUCGGUGCACGAAAGUCCAAAAAGUUGGGAAAGCUGAAGGGAGUCAGCGAGGACCUGCAGGGCUCUAAGGACGGCCAAACUGCCACAGGUGGCGUUGGAGGCGGUUACCUGUCCUCAGAGAAGGAGCUGAACGCCAGCGUUGCCAAUGCCCUGGUGCCCCACGGGCCUGGGGUGGUCACGCCUUUUCUGCCGCCCUCCAUCUGCAGCGUGUUGGAGCUGAUCGAGCCCGAGGAGGUGUACUCUGGCUACGACAACACACAGCCUGACACCACCGACCACCUGCUGUCCAGUCUCAACCGCCUGGCCGGAAAGCAGAUGGUGCGCAUGGUGAAGUGGGCCAAAGUACUUCCAGGUUAG